AUGUCUAAACGAUCCAGGCGUAUUUUCGAAGAGCUGUCUUCGGUUACGAAGGAUAAAUUACUUUUGCAAGCUGCUGUUGACCGCCAAACUAUCAGACGUCUACGAAACGAAGCAGAAGGAAUUGAACAAUCUACAACUAGAAAGAAGAAAAAAACCAUUUCAAAGAAGGAGACGUAUUUUCAAAACUUAGCAAAGAAUCAAGUGACAGAUAUUUCAAUUUCAACACCUGGUUCUCACAUUGAUGGCCUCGCCAAAGUCCAGGUCAAAAGAUUACACAAAAAGAAGAAUGCUCCUGCUUAUGAGAAUAAUAACAUAAAAACACUUUCAAUCAAAUUCAAAAGGAUCGUUAAUUCAGGAAAUCUGAAAGUCGUAUUGAAUUCUUGUGAAAACUACAAGCCCAGCACAUCUGUUGAACAUGUUGUUAACAGAAUCUACUUGUUUGUACUUCGAACACACGUUGAAAGGCCCUGGAUGUUUUCAAAUGAAAACUUGAAGCGAUACUCCGAAUUUGAUUUGCAAGUUAAAUUUUGGGGUUACAUCUUUGAAUCAUAUCUUGGCCAAUGUAGACACAUUAUCUUACAUUGGGGAGAUACAAUGAGCAAUACUUGUAAAAAUAUGGGUCUGCGGUUCAAAUUGGACCUUCGGGUUCUGAUCUUGAGGGAAGAUGAAAUGGUUGUAGAUGGCGCGACAGGAGAAAUAGCUAGAAAGGCAACAAAGGCAAAACUUUACGCUGACAGACUUAAAUCGGUACUCACUACAAAGUGCCAUUUAAACACAUUUCUCGAAUCAUUAAAAUAUAUAUCAGAAGAAGAUAUUAUCAAUGUGCAUAUGCCUAUUGUUCAAGUCAUGGGGCUAGAAGCGAAGGUGUCUUCUUUGCGUUUAAUUGAAAAGAAAAAAUACGCCAUGGAGGAUCUACAUUCGUUCAAAUUUCCCCGAACAUCAGAACAGUUGAAAUCAGGAGAGCUCGAAUCUUUGAUCAAUGGUCUUACUCUGAUUGAGGAAAUGGUGAACAGCUUGGAGACAAAGUUUAACGAUGGACAGACUGAAAACGAAUCAAGCAUGGACAGAAUCUUAAAGGAAACAAAGAAAAAGAAAGAAACGAUAAUGAAGGAAUGGUUGAGCGAUGUAACUUGGGAUUCAAAUGAUGAAGAGAGCGAUGACGAAGAAUCUGAAGAAGACAGUGAUGAAGAGAGCGAUAACGAAGAAUUUGAAGAAGAUAGUGAUGAAGGGGACGAGAGCGAUAGUGAUAGCCAAGGAGUUAAUGACGAGAUUACCAAUAAUGAUAGUGAUGAAGAGGUUGUCAAAGAAUCUUCACCCGAACAAUAA